ACGUUGACCUCCAGGCAGCCAUCUCAGCUGGCCAUGGCUGAACUUUCGCCAAUCGUCCUUCUCGUUGCAGCUCUCUACGCCGCAAUAUAUCUGGACUCGCGUCAUAAGCGCAACUCCAAAUUACCUCUACCGCCAGGUCCACCAGGCCUACCGCUACUAGGUAACCUGCUGGACUUGCCAUUCGACUUUCAGUGGCUCAAGUUUGCGGAGUGGUCGAAGCAAUGCAGCUCGGAUGUGAUCCACAUAAGUGUCGGGGGAAAGUCCAUAAUCGGGCUUCAGUCGUUCGAGGCGUGCUUCGAUCUCCUAGAGCGACGGUCGAGCAAUUACUCGAGCCGCGCUGAUACACCAAUGUUGGAUCUCAUGGGAUGGGGCUUCCAGUUGGCGGGGCUAAAGUACGGGCCGUGGUGGCGCGCCCACAGGCGUGCUUUCCACAACCUAUUCAACAUCGAGUCCGUACGGCGCUUCUUACCUCAGGAGAAGAAGGCCACAAACAUGUUCCUACGACGCAUGCUGCAUGCGCCGACCCGUGAUCUGCGUCGAGAACUACGCUUUAUGGUCGCCUCCAUCGUCAUGGACGUUACCUACGGCAUUCAUGCGAAGCCGGAAAACGAUCCAUAUAUUGAAGCCGCAGACCGCUCGUUCCACGAAGCAUCAAUUGCUGCCCUGCCGAACUCUUACUGGGUCAAUGUCUUCCCUCUCCUGAAGCAUGUGCCCGUCUGGAUGCCCGGCGCAGGAUUCAAGCGGCAUGCGAAGGAAUGCAAGAAAGAUACGGAACAAAUGGUCAAUGCGCCAUUCAAGGAAACAAUCAGGCUCAUGACAGUUGACCCUUCACGAACCUCCUUCGUGUCCUUAUCGUUAGAGAAAGCUCGUGCAAAGGGAGAUACGGCUCAAGAGGAGGUCAUUAAGAAUACCGCGGGAAUAACUUACUCUGGCGCGAUGGAUACGACCGUAGCAACGCUUCUAAACUUUACUCUUCAUAUGCUGGAAAAUCCCGAGAUUCAGAGGCGUGCACAAGACGAACUUGACAACGUGCUUGAUCCCGGACGGCUGCCAGACUUUGACGACGAGGAGAAAUUGCCUUACAUUACGGCCAUUAUCAGAGAGACGAUGCGCAUUCACCCAGUGGCACCGAUGGCCGUCCCGCACGUGUACAGCGGCGACGUUGACGACGUAUAUCAUGGGUAUACCAUCUCAAGAGGCAGCAUCCUGAUUCCGAACGUCUGGGCCAUCACGCACGAUGAGGUGAUGUAUCCGGACCCUUAUCUUUUCAGGCCAGAAAGGUUCUUGACGCCGGAGGGCAAGCUCGAUCCUACUGUCCGUGACCCGUCAAGUCUCGUAUUUGGGUUUGGCCGACGCAUAUGUCCUGGACGACACCUAGCGCUUGCGUCGGCAUGGAUCACGGUGGCCUCAGUUCUAUGCGUAUACAACAUCCAGCAAGCUAAGCGUCCGGAUGGCAGUACGAUCCCCGCCGUGCGUGAAUAUAAGUCGUCAAUUCUUCAGUCGCCUGAGAUCUUCGAUUGCCAGUUCGUGCCCAGGAAUGCCGAGUCUCUAGCGAUCAUAGAGGCGACGUCGAUGCAGGAGGUCUGAAUGGUGACUGCGGGUUCGAACACAACAAUUGGAUAGUAGGGAGCGUCGAAGUCAGAUAACAAAGCGGUAUAUUAAGCUUAUGCUCCUUUAAAACGAUCCUUUCCGCGUCAUCGUGGACGGCUUUGCGGAGGGACGGUUCGAAGAUGUUGGCAUGUCAACCGAAUACACGUGGCUUUCGAAAU